UGCCGGAAACUCCAAGAAAAAGCUUCGUCCUCGACUUUGCUCAAAACAAAAGAGCGCCAGACUUCCCUCACUUCCACACAUUCCUUCGCCUGAAUGCUCACCGGAAUCGCCGCUUCCAGACUCCGACUAGGCCUCAUGUCAGGCGCCGUGGCGAUGUCGUCUUCUACGAAGUCCUCUCUCAGCCUGAGAAAUCCUAGCUUGUCAUAUGCUUCGAGCUCUACGCUCUUCAAUUGCCGCGGAGGAGGAGGAGAUGGAGUAAUCGGGAGAAGUCGCGUUAGUUUCAACUCCCCGCUCGUUCGCGGUGUUUCGCUUCGUUGUUUUGCUUCGUCUUCUUCCAGUUCUGAUCGUGUUAAAGUUCAGAGUCCGAUUGUUGAAAUGGAUGGUGAUGAAAUGACUAGGAUCAUCUGGAAAAUGAUCAAAGACAAGCUGAUAUUCCCGUAUCUUGACCUGGAUAUCAAGUAUUUUGACUUGGGAGUAACUAAUCGUGAUGCUACUGAUGACAAAGUCACCAUAGAAAGUGCUGAGGCCACCCUCAAGUACAAUGUUGCUGUCAAAUGUGCCACGAUAACUCCUGAUGAGACUAGAGUGAAGGAGUUUGGCCUUAAGUCAAUGUGGAGGAGCCCUAAUGGCACGAUUCGAAACAUUUUAGAUGGUACUGUUUUUCGUGAACCAAUUAUCUGCCGCAACAUCCCAAGAAUUGUUGCAGGUUGGAAGAAACCCAUAUGCAUUGGUAGGCAUGCCUUUGGGGAUCAAUAUCGUGCCACAGAUGCUGUUAUAAAAGGUCCAGGAAAGCUGAAAAUGGUUUUCGGUAUGGCUUCUUUCCCAUUCUUGCUCAAGUUUAAGGACAUAUUCCAGGAUGUUUACGAACAGAAGUGGAAGGAUAAGUUUGAAGAGCAUUCAAUUUGGUACGAGCAUCGGCUAAUAGAUGACAUGGUUGCAUAUGCGAUGAAAAGUGAAGGUGGAUAUGUCUGGGCUUGCAAAAAUUAUGAUGGAGAUGUCCAAAGUGAUUUACUUGCCCAAGGAUUUGGCUCGUUGGGUCUUAUGACAUCCGUGCUGAUUUCUUCCGACGGAAAGACGCUAGAAGCUGAGGCAGCUCAUGGAACUGUCACUAGGCAUUUCAGAUUGCAUCAGAAAGGCCAAGAAACCAGCACAAACAGUAUUGCUUCAAUUUUUGCAUGGUCGCGAGGACUAGAGCAUAGGGGAAAACUGGAUAAGAACGAAAGGCUGCUUGAUUUUGUUCAGAAGUUGGAGUCUUCAUGCGUUGAAACAGUUGAAUCUGGCAAAAUGACCAAGGAUCUGGCAAUCUUGGUCCAUGGCCCCAAGGUAUCAAGGGAACUUUACUUGAACACAGAGGAGUUUAUAGAUGCAGUGGCAAAGAAUCUGGAAUCAAAGCUCCGGGAACCUGCUGCAGUUUGA